CCGUCAGCCUUGGAGCGCUUACGCCGUCCAUUUGACAACCCUGUCGCCUCCCGCUCUUAUCAGCGACUUGUUGCUCCUUUUACUCUGCCACAAAGCCUUCGUGUCAUGGGGCGAGGAAUGGCAUACCUUGGCAAUGAAAGCCUUGGGACUGUGGAUGUUUGUCAGCAAAUUCAUUAAACUUGUCGGUCAUUACAUUCGUUAUCCAGUCGAUGUUUUGCUACUGCCCGUAUCCAUCCUGUUCGGUUAUCUCCACGGAAUUAUCAAAAUAUACGCGGUGCUAACUCUCAAUGUGACCGCAUGGGGUAGCAGAGAUGGAGCCGACGAUUAUGACGCAGAACGUAUGAAGAAGCGUACGAGUAUCGACCGCAUGAAGCAGCGACCUUACUACCCCAACUUCGUCACUCAAUAAAUGGCUUCCGUAUGAUCGACGAAUGAUUAGCCGGCCGCCCAUCCUCCUCCUUUGCCGAACCGACGA